AUGCAAAAGAAUAUAGCAGUAGCAAUAGUGUUUCCUCAUGAAGGCCCGGUUGGCAGAGACUCGGAUGGUCUUUUUCUCUUGGGGUCGGGUUCGCCAAGCCUGAGUGAAACAGAAACCUCACCUUGGGGCUCGUCCGACAGUUUUUUCAGACAACUUCAGUCGGCCCCGGUUAGCUGUUCCUCCCCAAAUUAUGCCGACGGGUCGAGGCUUUUCCCCGUCUUGACCAGUCAACAGGAUGAGGCUCCCGCUAUCUCCCUCGAGGUCGAAUGUUUGCUGGUUUUCGCCCACAACAAGAAAGUCGGUGAAAAAGCACAUACCCUUUUCGUCAUUGUACUCGAGGGAGUAAGCCAUUAUGGUGCCAACUGUAAGGCCAGAGCUUCUGCCGACUUUCACGACUCGCCGCCCGACGAUGCUGCUGAUUGGCGACUGCAGGUCAAUCGUGUUGACCUCGCCGAUUUGUCCAACGCCUUUCACGAGUGUGGUCACAUUGGCCAUCUUGAGAUCGUCCGAAAAAGUACCGGCGAAAAUGCCAUACCAAAGAUCAUCAGUUACGAAUGA